AUGGAGCUGCCUCCCCGCGGCCGGGCGUCGCCGGACUCGCCGCUGGACAGCGCCUCCCUGACCUCGCUGGACUCCAGCGUCUUCUGCAGCGAGGGCGAAGGGGAGCCCCUGGCCCUCGGGGACAGCUUCACGGUCAACGUGGGCGGCAGCCGCUUUGUGCUCUCGCAGCAGGCUCUGUCCUGCUUCCCACACACGCGCCUUGGCAAGCUGGCCGUGGUGGUGGCCUCGUGCCGGCGCCCCGGGGCCCUGACCGCCGUGCCCAGCCCCCUGGAGCUCUGUGACGACGCCAACCCCGUGGACAACGAGUACUUCUUCGACCGGAGCUCGCAAGCAUUCCGCUACGUCCUGCACUACUAUCGCACCGGCCGCCUGCACGUCAUGGAGCAGCUGUGCGCGCUCUCCUUCCUCCAGGAGAUCCAGUACUGGGGCAUCGACGAGCUCAGCAUUGACUCCUGCUGCAGGGACAGAUACUUCAGAAGAAAGGAGCUGAGUGAAACUUUAGACUUCAAGAAGGACACAGAAGACCAGGAAAGUCAACAUGAGAGCGAACAGGACUUCUCACAAGGACCUUGCCCCACCGUCCGCCAGAAGCUCUGGAACAUCCUAGAGAAACCGGGGUCUUCCACAGCUGCCCGAAUCUUUGGGGUCAUAUCCAUCAUCUUCGUGGCGGUGUCCAUCGUCAACAUGGCUCUGAUGUCAGCCGAGUUAAGUUGGCUGGACCUGCAGCUGCUGGAAAUCCUGGAGUACGUGUGCAUUAGCUGGUUCACCGGGGAGUUUGUCCUGCGCUUCCUGUGCGUGCGGGACAGGUGCCGCUUCCUGAGAAAGGUGCCAAACAUCAUAGACCUCCUAGCCAUCUUGCCCUUCUACAUCACUCUUCUGGUAGAGAGCCUGAGUGGGAGCCAGACUACACAGGAGCUGGAAAACGUGGGGCGCAUCGUCCAGGUUUUGAGGCUGCUUAGGGCUCUGCGCAUGCUCAAACUGGGCAGGCAUUCCACAGGCUUACGCUCACUUGGAAUGACAAUCACCCAGUGUUACGAAGAAGUUGGCCUGCUGCUCCUAUUUCUGUCUGUAGGAAUCUCUAUAUUUUCAACUGUGGAAUAUUUUGCUGAGCAGAGCAUUCCCGACACAACCUUCACAAGUGUCCCUUGUGCAUGGUGGUGGGCCACAACGUCCAUGACUACCGUGGGAUAUGGGGACAUCAGACCAGACACCACCACAGGCAAAAUCGUGGCCUUCAUGUGUAUCUUAUCGGGAAUCCUUGUCUUGGCCUUGCCCAUUGCUAUUAUUAACGACCGCUUCUCUGCUUGCUACUUCACCUUAAAGCUCAAGGAAGCAGCUGUUAGACAGCGUGAGGCUCUGAAGAAACUUACCAAGAAUAUAGCCACUGACUCAUAUAUCAGUGUUAACUUGAGAGAUGUCUAUGCCCGGAGUAUCAUGGAGAUGCUUCGAUUAAAAGGCAGAGAAAGAGCAAGUACUAGGAGCAGUGGAGGAGAUGAUUUCUGGUUUUGA